AUGAAACACCAACCUAAAGCUAUUGAUUUAAACCCAUCGAUUUCUAUCAAGAAAAACAUACAAACACCCAUGGAUCCCCUAAGAAGAAGUAAACAACCUGUGAGCAUUCGACCAACCCACGAGCCUCCCCACUUGCACCGAUGUCUCAUCACUCCUUCCCUCCUCCCCCUCGUGAUCCUCAGCUGGAGCAAAAACAAGCAACCAAGAGCUGCUUUAACAGCCCUCGCUGAACCCACCAAGUUCGACAACAGCCUCACUGCCAUGUUCUUCUUCCCUUCUUCAGUUCACUCAAACAACGAGCGUGUUUCCCCUUACUCAUCCACAACCCAACAACUCCGAAAUCACAACCGCUCGCUGCUUCUUCCCACCUGCGUCACUUCGCUCUCGUCGACCUGGAGACUUCUCCCUCCUCACGAUCUGCAAUCACCGAUACCUCCCUUGGUCCCUUUUCUGGCCUGCGACGAGCAAGGAACCAAGGAUCGAACCCCCCAAAAUCAAAAUUGGUGUUCGAUUUCUCCUCUACUUGCAAUGACGCUUCCGUUCCUUCUGCUGCCUUGUGUUCAUAUGUGUUUAUCCAUUGCCCGAUCAUACAUUGAACACGAGAAUGAAAUUAAAAGCCCUAAUUUCAUUUUAGAUUGUAAAAGUAGAAAACAUCUAGUCGAAGAUGGUGGUAGUGGACGGUGGUGGCAUCGGAAUGUAGUGGUGGAAAACAGUGGUGGUGAUGGAUGGUGGUCCAACAAUGGCGGUGGGGAAGAUGUUCUUGAGUUUAUGACAUGUUCGAGUUCAUUAACGAUGGUGUCGACAGAUCCAAAAGGGAGGACAAACUCUGGUCUCGCAAUCGAUGAUGGACUCUGGAGUUCGAUGAGGCUAAAGAAGGGGAUGUGGAGGAGCAGUGGUACUGCUGUGGGGUCUGUGAACGCAAGUGAGAAGAGAGCAUCGAACGUGAGGGAAUCCGAUGGUGUUUGUGAUGGUCGGUGUUUGGCGAUGUCUUUUGAUGGGGAAGAGGCAGAGGAGGGCAUCACUCACAGCAAUUGCAGAUACGUGGACGGAGGUAUGCUCCGACAGCCUACUGUUCUUCUUCCUCUUCUUCCUCCGGUCCGAUAA